AUGCAUUGGCUCACCACCGCGCUCAUCCCGGCGGCCGCCCUUCUCUGGGAGCCCGUGGCCGGCGACCCAUCGCCCAAGUACAACCCUCUCCCGCCCCUCCGCGAGCAGGCCCGCAUCCAAGACGCGUGGACGGCGGAGCGCAAGGCGGGCAUUCCCGCCCUUCUCAAGAGACACGGCGUCGACGCCUGGGUGGUCAGCCAGCGCGAGUACGCGGAAGAGACCGUCUUCUGGUCCCUCAAGCCGGCGUCGACCUUCUCCGCCCGCCGUCGCACGACAUGCCUCUUCCUCGCCGAGCCCCUCGCCGCCAACUCCUCCGAGGGCGCCCUCCCGCGGCAGCCGGGUUGCAUCGUCGGCUGGACCACGGACGUCUGGGAGACCCUCAAGGCGCAGCUCGAGGCCGCGGACCCCGCCACCGUCGCCAUUGACGCGCACCCGGAGAUCGCCUUCGCCAGCGGCCUGCACGCGGGCGAGUACCAGGCCAUGGCGAACGGGCUGGGCGGGGCGUGGGCCUCGCGCAUGGUGGUCAAGCCCGAGAUCGCCGUUGAGUUCAUCGCCACCCAGCCGCGGUCGAAGCUGCCGCCGUACAGGGAGGUCAUGGAGACGGCGUGGGCCAUGAUCGCCCGCGGCUUCAGCGAGGCGGUCGUCGUCCCCGGAAAAACGACGACGGGGGAUCUGGAGUGGUGGUUCAGGGAGGAGAUCCUGGCGCACAACUUCACCACGUGGUUCCAGCCCAGCGUCAGCGUCGUCCAUCAGGCGCUGCCCUGGGACGCGGAGACGAAGACGGAGGGGGCCGCGGGCGAAGAUGCCGGGGGGAGGGUUAUCGAGUAUGGCGACAUGCUACACGUUGAUUUCGGGUUGACUGCCAUGGGCCUGAAUACCGACACCCAGCACCUGGGGUACGUGCUUCGUCCGGGUGAGGAGGACGUUCCUCGGGGCUUGAAGGACGGGUUGAAGAAGGGGAACAAGCUGCAGGACAUUGUGAGGAGAAACAUUGCUGUCGGCAAGACUGGCAACGAGAUGCUCAAAGCUUCCCUGGGGGAGAUGCACACGGAGGGUAUCCAAGGACGGGUCUAUACGCAUCCGAUCGGAGACUGGGGCCAUUCUGCGGGACCCCUCAUCGGUUUGACAAACAUGCAAGACUACGUACCAGCAUCCGGCGAACUGGUCGCCGUCCGUAACAUGUGGUUCAGCGUCGAGCUGCUGGUGGAGCACUAUGUCCCCGAGAGGAACCAGACGCUGUGGUUCGCGUUGGAGGAGGAUGUUUACUGGGCCGGCGAGGAGAAGGGAUGGCAGUGGGUGUACGGGCGGCAGGAGGAAUUCCACCUGGUCAAGGCUGUGAAGGAGCACGAGACCAUGGAAGAGCUGUAG